ACAGUGAGAAGGUGGGGCUGCAUUGUCACCCACGUGGAGUUAGAGACAAUUAUUUAUUGACAAAAGAUGCUGUAUGGACAUGGCUACCAGUAGCCUGAGUAGGGAGUCUCUCAGCGGAGGCAAUGAAGGAAGUGAGGAGCUGAGACAAGAACAAGAGCACUUCCAUAAAGUAGUCAAUACAUUCCUUCACUACAGAGUACACCUCAAUGCUCGUCUACAUCGAGUGGAAGAGAACUACUCGUCCCUCCCUCCUACCCACCAAGCCAUGCUCAGUCAAGUACCUCAGCAUCUCAGCAACUUACGGGCAGCAGCUCUUGUCAACCAGCGUUUUGUGGAGGCCGUUGUCAAAUCAUCAGUAGGGAUGUUUGAGAACUCACCGCUUUCUAAAAGUGACCCCCAGACCACUCCCCAUUGUAGCCCACCCCCUGUACUGUUUGAGAUUUCCAAGGUCUUAACGACAGUGAAGCAAUUUUAUCGAGACUGGAGCUCGGAAGGUGCUGCCGAGAGGGACCAGUGUUACCGUCCUCUCAUUGAGGAGGUGCUCAGAUACUUCCCACUCAAUAAAUGUGAUCCGAGUGAGGUUUCCAUUCUGGUACCGGGAUGUGGACUGGGACGGCUAGCGUAUGAGUUGGCUAAACGUGGCUACGCGUGUCAGGGAAACGAGUUCAGCAUGUUCAUGUUACUGGGUUCUAACUUCAUUCUCAACCAGUCGUCUGGUGUUGGUGCUCAUGUGAUUCACCCGUGGAUCCACCAGUUCUCCAACUGCUGGUCAUGUGACGAUCAGCUGACUUCUGUGAGGGUCCCAGAUGUUGACCCCUGUGACCUCCCUAAACUCGGACUAUUCUCGAUGGCAGCUGGUGACUUCCUAAUGGUCUACACUAAUCCAGAUGAGUGGGACGCGGUGGUGUGUUGCUUCUUUAUUGACACGGCUCACAACGUCAUCGAGUACCUGGAGAGGAUUUACCACAUUCUUAAACCCGGUGGACUAUGGAUCAACUUUGGCCCCCUCCUCUACCACUAUGCGGACACUCCGGGAGAGAGGUCUAUUGAGCUGAGCUGGGCUGACCUCAGGAAAGUAGCUACACAACACAUCGGCUUUGAAAUUAUUAAUGAGGAGACUAAGAAGCCAUCAACGUACAUACAAAACUCCCACUCCAUGAUGCAGAUGACAUAUAAUUGUGCAUUCCUUGUUGCUAGGAAACCAUACGAAGACGGUCAACAAACUAACGACACUACACAUAGAGACAGUGAACAACACUUGCAAACUAAUGAAUCUGUACCAAAUAUUUAUCAUGUGGAGUCUUCUGUGGACAGAAAAUAACUUUUGUUUUUGUUUUUGUUGGCGUUCUGUUGUUUGUUUUUCCAUGAAUAUGCUGUCACAUGA